AUGACUCACGAGUCCGUUUGGUUCAGCCGGCCCCGCAAGUACGGCAAGGGUGCCCGUUCUUGCCGUGUCUGCGCUCACCGCGCCGGUCUGAUCCGCAAGUACGGUAUGAACAUCUGCCGUCAGUGCUUCCGUGAGAAGUCCGCCGACAUCGGUUUCAACAAGGUUCGUUUCGUCUACACCCUCACUCGCCGACCUCGAACGAAUUCUGGAAUUGGAAAUUACCCUUCCUUCAUGAGGAACUUGUCGGCCACACCAUCAAAAGCAGAAUCUAACCUCGACCUUUACAGUACCGUUAAACAAAAUACGAAACCAAUGUCCACCCUUAACGCCCUCUCGAUCCAUCCGCGUUCCACAAUCCGUUCAACGUACCCUGGCACUCGACUGAGGUGCGGGGUGGGAGAAAUGUUUCGAAGCGCCGGGGAAACGACUGCGCCCGCGCUCCCUUUUUUCGCAUGA